AUCAUUGACAGUUGCGUUUAGGCAUUAGUAGUGAAAUAAAAAAAGGAAAACACAGCUAAAGAUUCCUCAUACAGAUUAACUCUUUGCUUGGUUAUUAUUUUUACUCAUUUACUGCUCUUCCCCCAUCUCGGUCUCAUCCUGUCUGAAGGGCUAGUUUCGUUUUCCUUGUUUACCAUUGUUCCCCUUAUCCCUGGAGUUGAAAGGCCAAGUCACAAACACAGGGCUUGUUUUAUUCCCAACCAGCCACGGAGCAGUCAUUUUCCUGCAGAAUAAUUGGCUUCGGGGAAAAAAAGACAGAAAACAAAACAAGGUCAUCAUGUGCAGCCUGGUCUGACUACAUCCCUUUUCAGAAACCAGCCUGGGUCAGAGCAGUUGGGAAUAGUUACCCACUUAAGGAAUAAAUGAAGAAGUGCAAUAAAGAAAUUUUAAUUGUUGCGUUAGACGAAAGGAGAACUGUGCUCUGACAGUGCUUCCAGGGUCCUUUUUGUAAUUUUCCUAACAACUCAACUUUCAAGUUUGAAUCUGGAUUGUUAUCUCACAGCCUAACUCUUGAUAUAAGUUGUUUCGUCCAAUCUGGAAGGCUAAAUGCAUAUGAAACGGAAAAGUGUGUAUCAACAAACUCAAGCACUUCUGUGCAAAAAUUUUCUUAAGAAAUGGAGGAUGAAAAGAGAGAGCGCAUGGGAAUGGGGAUUCCCAAUACUUCUAGGACUGUAUAUGGGCCUAUUUUCAAAUUUAAAAGAAAAUAGGCAUUUUCCUGAAAUGCCUCCUCAGGAUCUUGGAAGGGUAGAUAAAUUUAAUAGCUCUUCAAUCAUUGUUGUGUAUACACCGAUCUCCAAUAUAACUCAGCAGAUAAUGAAUAAAACGGCACUUGCUCCCUUUUUGAAAGGAAGAAGAGUCAUUGGGGCACCAAAUCCAAAACAUAUUGAUGAACUACUUUUAGACAAUUUCCCAUAUGUAGUGGGAGUCAUCUUUAAUGACACUUUCUCUUAUAAGUUAAAAUUUAUUCAGGGAUAUGCCAUUCCAUUUUUGAAGGAAGAAGUUUUCUCAGCUCAUUGCUGGGAUACACGUUACGGGUUUUCAUGUUCACUGGCCAAAUACUGGAAUAGAGGAUUCGUGACUUUACAAGCUGCAAUUAAUGCUGCUAUUAUAGAAAUCACGACAAAUCACUCUGUGAUGGAGGAAUUGAUGUCAGUUACUGCUAUAAAUAUGAAGACAUUACCUUUUAUUUCUAAAAACAUCCUUCAAAAUGAGAUGUUUAUUUUCUGCUGCUUGCUUUACUUCUCGCCAUUUAUAUAUUUUUUAUCAUUCAGUGUUACAAAAGAGAGAAAAAAGAGUAAGGAUUUAAUGAAAAUGAUGGGUCUACAAGAUUCAGCAUUCUGGCUUUCUUGGGGUUUGAUCUAUGCUGGCUUCAUCUUCAUUAUUUCCAUAAUGAUUACAACUAUCAUAACAUCUGCCCAAAUCAUAGUCAUGACAGGCUUCAUGGUCAUAUUUACACUCUUUUUCUUAUAUGGCUUAUCUUUGAUAGCUUUAGCAUUCCUGAUGAGUGUGUUGUUAAAGAAAACUGUCCUCACCAAUUUGGUUGUGUUUCUCCUCACUCUCUUUUGGGGGUGUAUGGGAUUCACUACAUUUUAUAGACAAAUUCCUUCAUCUUUGGAGUGGAUUUUGAGUAUUUUUAGCCCCUUUGCCUUCACUGCUGGACUGACUCAGAUUAUCCACCUGGAUUAUAAUAUGAAUGGUGUAAUUUUUCCUGACCCUUCAGGAGAAUCAUAUAAAAUGAUAGCAACCUUUUCCGUAUUGGCUUUUGAUGCUCUUUUCUACUUGGUAUUGGCAUUAUACUUUGACAAAAUCUUACCCUAUGGAAAUGAACGCCAGAAUUCUCCGUUAUUUUUCCUGAACUCAUUAUCUUGUUUCCAACACCAAAGGACUGAUAAUAAGUUCAUUGAGAAAGAAAUAGAUCCUGAGCAUCCCUCUGAUGACUAUUUUGAACGGGUAGCUCCAGAAUUCCAAGGAAAAGAAGCCAUCAGAAUCAUAAAUGUCAAAAAAGAAUAUAAAGGAAAGUCUGGAAAAGUAGAAGCAUUGAAAGGCUUGCUCUUUGACAUAUACGAAGGUCAAAUCACAGCAAUUGUGGGUCACAGUGGAGCUGGCAAAUCCUCGUUACUAAACAUCCUUAACGGGUCGUCACUUCCAACAGAAGGAUCCAUUACCAUCUAUAAUAAAAAUCUUUCUGAAAUGCAAGACAUGGAGGAAAUCAGAAAGAUAACUGGCAUUUGUCCUCAAGUCAAUGUUCAAUUUGACAUACUCACUGUGAAGGAAAACCUCAGGCUGUUCGCUAAAAUAAAAGGGAUUCAGCCACAGGAAGUGGAACAAGAGGUACAAAAAGUUUUAUUGGAAAUGGACAUAGAAAACAUUCAAGAUAACCUUGCUGAACAUUUAAGUGAAGGCCAGAAAAGAAAGCUGACCUUUGGGAUUGCCAUUUUAGGAGAUCCUCAAGUUUUGCUACUAGAUGAACCAACUGCUGGAUUGGAUCCCUUUUCAAGGCACCAAGUGUGGAGCUUCCUCAAGGAGCGGAAAACGGACCGUGUAAUCCUCUUGACCACCAAUUUCAUGGAUGAGGCUGACAUCCUGGCUGAUAGAAAAGUGAUCAUGUCCAAUGGGAGACUGAAGUGUGCAGGCUCUUCUGUCUUUUUGAAGAGAAGAUGGGGUCUUGGAUAUCACUUAAGUUUGUACACAAAUGAAAUAUGUGAUCCAGAAAAAAUAACAUCCUUCAUUAAUCGUCACAUCCCUGAUGCUAAAUUAAAAGCCGAAAGCAAAGAAAAGCUUGUGUAUACUUUGCCUGUGGAAAAGACAAAUAAAUUUCCAGACCUUUUUAGUGAUCUUGAUAAGGGUUCUGGCCAAGGUGUGAUGAGUUAUGAUGUUUCCAUGUCAACUCUGAAUGAAGUUUUCAUGAAACUGGAAGGAAAAUCAGCUUUCGAACAAGAUUUUGAACAAGCAGAAAUGACAAGAGACACAGAAAGCCUGCACAAUAUGGAUCUGGCUCGCUCUUCUUUCCCUGAAAUGCAGGAGGCUCUGAGUGACAUGGGCCUCUGGAAGAUGCAGGUCUGUGCAAUAGCAUGGCUCCGUUUCUUAAAGUUAAAACGUGGAAAGAAAGCACUUUUGGCCCUACUAUUGGUAUUUGGAAUCGCAAUAUUCCCUUUGAUUGUGGAAAAGAUACUUUUCGCUGUAGUAAGUCAAAAGAGUGAUUGGGAAUUUAAACCUGAAUUGUAUUUCCUCUCUCCUGGACAACUUCCCCAAGACUCUCGUACCAGCCUAUUGAUCAUCAAUAACACAGAAUCAGAUAUUGAAGAUUUUAUACAGUCACUGAAGCAUCAGAAUAUACUUUUGGAAGUAGAUGACUUUGAAAAUCGAAAUGGCACUGAUGACCUGUCAUACAAUGGAGCUAUCAUAGUUUCUGGUAAACAGAAGGAUUAUAGAUUUUCAGUUGUGUGCAAUACCAAGAGACUGCACUGUUUUCCUAUCCUUAUGAAUAUUGUCAGCAAUGGACUACUUCGAAUGUUUACUCAUACACAACCUAUUCGAACCGAGAGAAGCUCAUUUCGUUUGAAUUAUGUUCUACUCUGGGCUGAGAUGCUGGAAGGCUCCAUUUUCUUUUUUUUGGUUGUGUGCAGCAUUUCUCCCUACAUCGCCAUGAGCAGUGUCAGCGAUUAUAAAAAAAGAGCUAAGUCUCAGCUAUGGAUUUCGGGCCUGUACACUUCUGCCUACUGGUGUGGGCAGGCACUGGUGGAUACUACCUUCUUUGCUUUUAUUCUCCUUUUAAUGUACUUAAUUUUCUACAUAGCAAACAUGGGGCACAUUUAUAUCACAAGUCGAAUUGUGUUUGCUUUGGUUGUGAUUACGCUUGGUUACGCAAUUUCCCUUGUUUUCUUGACCUACGUGAUAUCAUUUAUUUUCCGCAAGAGGAGAAAAAAUAGUGGCCUUUGGGCAUUUUCCUUCUCUUUCGCCUCAAUCAUCAUGUUUCGCAUCGUUGUAAUACAUCGAGCCGACUUACCCAGCUUGAUUCCUAGCAUGAUAUUUGUUCCCCCAUCUACCUUGGGUGGAUUUCUAACUUUUUUGGGAGAGAACAUUGCCAAGCACCAAGAUAACAUUCAACACCCAAAUUAUGACCUGAGUGGAGCUGAUUUUCUCUUAUGCCUAAUACCUUACUUUCAGGCUUUGCUAUUCGUUUUUGUUCUAAGAUGCAUGGAAAUAAAGUGUGGAAAGAAAAUAAUGCAAAAGGAUCCUGUUUUCAGAAUUUCCCCCCAAAGUAGAAAUGCUCCACCAAAUCCAGAAGAAUCCGUAGAUGAAGACGAAGAUGUUCAAGCAGAAAGAAUAAGAACAGCGACCGCCCUGACUACUUCAAACUCAGAGGAGAAACCAGUCAUAAUUGCCAGCUGUCUACACAAAGAAUAUGCAGGCCAGAAGAAAAAUUGCUUUACAAAGAGGAAGAAGAAAAUAGCAGCAAGAAAUAUCUCCUUCUGUGUUAAAAAAGGUGAAAUUUUGGGAUUGCUAGGACCCAAUGGGGCUGGUAAAAGUUCAUCUAUUAAAAUGAUAUCUGGAGUCAUGACGCCAACGGCUGGAAAGGUGGAAUUGAAAGGAAGUAGUUCAGACUGGGAUCAUCAAGGAGAUGACACGCUCAAGUUCCUGGGGUACUGCCCUCAGGAGAACGUGCUGUGGCCCAACCUGACGGUGAAGGAGCAUCUGGAGGUGUUCGCCGCUGUGAAAGGGCUGAGAAAAGGAGACGCUUCCGCUGCCAUUUCACGAUUGGUGGAUACUUUCAAACUGCAUGACCAGCUGAAUGUUCUAGUGCGGGAAUUAACAGCAGGAGCCACUAGAAAGUUGUGUUUUGUGCUGAGCAUUCUGGGAGAUUCACCUAUCUUGCUUCUGGACGAACCGUCUACAGGCAUGGAUCCAACAGGACAGCAGCAAAUGUGGCAAACAAUCCAGAAAGCCAUUAAAAACACAGAGAGAGGGGCCCUCCUGAGCACCCAUUACCUGGCUGAGGCUGAGGCCGUCUGUGACCGCGUUGCCAUCAUGGUGUCGGGAAGACUCAGAUGCGUCGGAUCCAUCCAACACCUGAAAAGCAAAUUUGGCAAGGAUUACAUUCUAGAACUAAAACUAAAGGAAAGUUCUCAAGUGACUUUGGUGCACGUUGAGAUUCUGAAGCUUUUCCCACAGGCUGUGCAGAAGGAAAGAUUUUCCUCCUUCGUGCUCUAUAAACUGCCCGUGGCGGAUGCUCACCCUCUGUCUCAGGCUUUUCACAAAUUAGAGGCAGUGAAAUAUAACUUUAACCUGGAAGAAUACAGCCUCUCUCAGUGCACACUGGAAAAGGCCUUCCUGGAGCUGUCUAAGGAGCAGGAGCUGGGAAAUUUUGCUGAAGAAGUUGAUACAAGCAUGAGAUGGAAACUCCUCUCUCAUUCAGAAGACCCUUAAAACCUCAAGCCUAACAAGUCUUUGUUGAUGUCACAUAAGCUUCUGUUGUAUAUAAUAAUUAGCAGUAUGUAUAAUUUUAAAAAUCAACAACAUCAAUAUUAGGUAUAUCUUGUGUAUUUAGUUAAUGAAUGGAUAAAUUUGGAAAUUAUUCCUCCCCUCAAAUUUAGGGGUGAUAGAAAAUCUGUGAUAAAGGCAAUACAAAAUAUUACUUAAGAUACCUGAAGAGCCAGGCACUGGGUGUUGUGGAAAUAAUACCACAAACUUGGAAUUUUUUAAAGUAUGACUUAGAAAUAGGAUAUUUACUAAAAAGUUCCCUUGCUGAAAUAUGUGAGGGAUGUAUUUAACAGCCAGAAGCUGUGUGAUUGUUGCAUGCCAGUAUGUGAUACACUGGGUUUAUGCGCUUGUUUUAAUACAUAAGCACAAUCCAAGAGUGUUCCUCUGAAACCUGUUCAGAAAUUGUUUUAAAAUUCUCAGGGUUGGAGUCCCUUGAACUCGCAAAUGAACAAACAUGUACAUUGGAAGAGCAGUUCAAAUAUACCCAUUGAAAACAAUGGGAGUCAUAGCAGCAUUGGUUCAGACUUUUACAAUUUGAAUACAUUAUAUUGAGUUCUUAUGAUUAUGGGGGGUGCUGAUGGUUUUCUGUGUAUUUACUGCUAUUUUAUGAUCACCUCUCUCUUAUAUAUGUGUAGGCACAUGUGUGCAUAUAUAAAUACACGUGUGCAUAUCUUUUGUAUUCCUCAAUUAAAAAAAAAUCUGUCAGCUUUACAGAUUAUUUUAUUUUUUUCCUUAAACAAUAGUCAUUUUAUUUUGAAUAUCACUGGAAAAUUUUUUGAAGACCAAGCAGUAUUCUUGCUGCUGUGUUUUUGGAGAUGUGUUAUAUAACUUAAAAGAAAAUUUUUUAGUCUCAUUGAAGAAAAUUGUAUAUUGGAGAAAAAUAUAGAAAUUGAAUAAAAUGGUAUAAAAGAAUCACCACAAUUUCUCCACACCAAAAAAAAUCAACUAUUUCCUUUUUUCCUUAGUGCAUUUUUUACAUAGUUGGAGUCAUUAUAGUACAUAUAAUUUCCUAAUUAAGUAUAUAUGCAUAUUUGCUGAUGUAACAUUGAAAUUGUUUUAAUUUACUUUUUAACUUAUGGUGAGAUUGAAGCUUUAUAUUUGCAUUUUAUUUUGUGUUAAUUAUUUGUAUUCUUUGUUCAUUUAUUCUUGUGCUUUAAUCUUUCUCUUAUCCAUUUUACAGGCUUUUUAUACAAUUAAAUAUUGUAUCUGUAUAUUUUACAUAUAUCAUAAUUAUAUCUGGAGUAUUAUAUUUCCAAACCUACAAUGAAUCACCUAUAGUUUACUGUUUACUCAGGAGCCUUUAGUGUUCUAUAAAAGUAAAUCCAUAUUACAGUGAGAGUUGAAUUUAAAUUAUUUCUAGACCUCAAGCAAUAAAUUCUCUUGUCUUGCUCAAAUGUAUAACGUCACAACAUACAUAUAACCAUUUCACCUAACAAUAUGAUGAAAUCUUUGCUUGUGUCCUUUCAUAAAUUAUAAACUUUCUUAAGUGUUAUAGAAAUAUGUUUACAAAGUACUGAAUAAUCAAUAUCAGAUGUGGUAUGAAUAUUUUAAAAUAUUAAACUGGACAUAGUUUGCUAGAACCAUAAUAAUAUAGUUGCUUUUGAAGCUAUUAACUUGGGUAUUUAUUAGGAUUGUGUUUAAGAGCAAAUAAAUGGGUAUGAAAAGAGAUGGAGAUGAGAAUAAAACAAAGGAAAAGAUUUUUUAAAAAGGAA